UAACCUGUCAGUUGUCAUUCCUCGAAUAUUUCAUACGUCGGGUUCUUCGUUUUAUUUUUAAGAAUUCGUAAUUUGGAACAAAAUUCCGCGAAAAUGGAUAGCACAACUAAUAUUGCCAAGGGUGCGUUAUCGAAGGAAAAGGGUUUGGGAAAAGAAGCAGUUAAGUUCGAUGCAGAUGCUAUUAAAGACGUUCAUGAUGCUUACAAGCUGCAGCACACUCAAAUUAAAAGAGUUAAAUUCGCUACAAUGGAUUCACCACCAAUUUCCCCGUUCCUUGAACAGAGAAAUACUUGGAAUGAUUUGGAGACCACUGAUCGACGUCUAUGGAAGAGAAGAAGGGAUUUAGUUAUUAGACAAAAUUAUCUGGGCUCGCAAUGGUUGCAACUUGGACAGAGAGAAAAGGCAUUGAGAGAGAAUUUCAUUUCAUUCUCCAAGUUCCUAAAAACAAACCUAGAAAAAAGAGAAAGAGCCUUCAGAAAGAUACAAAACGACACAGAAACAGUUCACAACCGUACAGUAGAAAUUGAUCAGCUGAAAUGUAGAUAUGAUUGCAGAAGACAAGAAUUUCUGACAAUGAAACGGGAAAUACAGAAACAUUCGAUAUACGAACGGUUCUUAGAAAAAGUUAUCUAUUUGGCCAGUGGUGAAUUCAAGACUAUAGAAGAUCUUCCUAAGCGUAUGGAGGUCCUUCUGCUAGCUAAGGAGAGAUUACAGACGAUUCAGGCUGACCAACUCAAUCGUUUCGAAAAAUCCAAGAAAGUAAUGGGUCAAUUCAUGGAAUCCGAAAUUCUUCAAAUAAUAGGUCUGAACAACACCAUAGCUGCCCUUCAAUACAAAUACGACGAUGCAAUCAAUCGUACCAUAGAAUUGGACAACAUGGUGGUCAAUUUGAAAACAACUAUCCUGAAAUAUUCCACCGAUCUUUCAUCCAACAAGGACUGCAUCGAAAAUCUAUACAAUCAAAUAUGCUUGAAACAUAGGAUCAUUGAAAAGUACAGGAAGAAGGGACUUAUAAAUCAAUUGUUAGAAAUAAAUCACUCUAUGGUGGGUUAUGGAAAAAUAUACAGCCUUAUGAGGAAGAAAAGUAAAAGGGAGAGUAGAGUAGAAAAAAUUGAAAAACGAUGAAUAAUAUAUCCUCUAAGUUCACCAAUAAAUUUAUUACUCAUU